AUGAAGCCUCUUUCAUUCUUCACCGUGCUUCUCGCUGCCUCGGGAAUUAAUGCCACGGUGACCAAUCUUCCUACGAAAGACGUGAAAUGCAGUGGUGUCAGCCGCGCCUUCAAGCCUUCGGAUAUUGAGAACGCUGGAAACGCCGCUAUUCAACAUAAGGAUAGUCCUAUUGGGGACCGGAAAUAUCCUCAUAUAUAUCACUUUGAUCGUCCCGACUGCCCCGGUGAUCUCUAUGGGUUCCCGCUCAGCUGGACAAUUCCCUACAUGGGAGGAGACCCUGGACUCGUUAGGGGUAUUUUCACCUUCCAAAAGGUUGGAAAUACUUGGCAGGCGAGAUACUGCGGUACUUACGCCCACAAGACGAAGCCUGGCGACAACAACUUUUAUAUCUGCAACUGA